AUGCAUUUUCAGCGACACCAGCACUAUUUGUUCGCCGGGCUAGGUGUGCUCAACGUCGCCUGGUGUCGGUUCUUCCUUCCGGAGACCGGAGGUCGGACGUUUGAAGAGUUGGACCUGAUGUUCCAGCUCAAAGUGCCCACGAGGAAGUUCAAGUCUUAUAGGAUCGAGGGGACACAUAUCGCUGAUGAUGAACUUGGGGAAGAGUAA